AUGGCGGCUGGCAGUAGCUGGGUCGUCGCACUCUUCUUGCUCGUCGCUUCUCCGCCUCACGUCGAAAUGGUGAAGCGCGAAGAGUUCAAAACGUGCGAGCAAUCGGCUUUCUGCAAGCAGCACAGAGCUCUUUCGGUUAGACGGUCUGCUCAGAAUCACCAUAACUGGGAUCAUCUUCAGGAGCCGACUGGAUACGAACUGCUCGCCGAUUCCGUCUCGCACUCGGGCGCCGUCUGGACCGCCAAGCUUCAAAAUUCGCAGAAUACGCUCAAGCUCAACGUGAUCGGCUUGAAGGUUUGAGAAAAUUUCCAGAUAAAGCUGCAAUAAAGAACUUUUUGUAGGAUGCUACGGUUCGGGUGCAAAUUGACGAGCCGGAAACUGCUAUUCGCAAGCGUUACGUGCCGAAUCCAGCACUCGUUGCCAUUCCAGAAGAACUCGCAUUUUCGAGCGUCGAAAAUGGAGUGUCCGAGGCGAAACUGCUCAGCGGAGACCGGAAAGUCAAAGUUGUCGUCGCGUACAAGCCAUUCCUCGUGAAUAUUUUCAACGAAUUCGAUGAGCUCAUCGCGCAGGUAAACAGAGACGGAAAGCUUAAAGUGGAAGAGUUCCGCGUGAAAGAAGAGGGAAAAGAGUAUCCGGACGGCUUCUGGGAGGAGCGAUUCAAGACUUUCACCGACCGCAAGCAGCACGGAUCGAGUUCCGUCGGAGUCGAUGUCUCUUUCGUCUCCUUCAAGACCGCCUACGGACUUCCGGAGCACGCCGACGCGUUCGCCCUCCGCAACACUGUUGGCAACGGCGAUCCGUACCGCCUCUACAAUCUCGACGUUUUUGAGUACGAACUGAACAAUCCGAUGGCUCUCUACGUCUCCAUCCCCUAUAUUCUUGCCCACAGAGCCAAUCGUUCCGUCGGAGCGAUGUGGUUUAAUGCCGCUGAGACGUGGGUUGACACACAGUCUUCCGUCACUUCCAAGGGCCUAUUCGGAAAGGUUUUGGACAAAGUAACCGGCGCCGGAGACAAUGUGCCGCAUUUUGAUGCUCAUUUCAUGUCCGAGUCUGGUCUCGUCGACAUUUUCUUAUUCGUCGGACCGACUGUCAAAGGUUCGUGUUCGCACAUUUCUAAUUGUUGAACAUCAAUUUCGCUUUAUUACAGACGUUCAACGCCAAAACGCGAAACUGACAGGAAAGACGCCUCUGCCGCCGCUCUUCUCGAUUGGAUACCAUCAGUGUCGAUGGAACUACAACGACGAGCAGGACGUGGCUAGCAUCAACCAGGGAUUCGACGACCAUGACAUGCCGAUGGACGUCAUCUGGCUGGACAUUGAGCAUACGGACGGAAAGAAGUACUUGACGUGGGACAAGCAUAAGUUCCCGACUCCGAAUGACAUGGUUGACAAGGUGGCGGCGAAUGGAAGGAAGAUGGUGACUAUUGUGGAUCCGCACAUCAAGAAGGACGACGGAUACUAUGUGUACAAGGAUGCCAAGGACAAAGGACUGUUUGUGAAGAAAACCGAUGGAUCCGACUUUGAAGGACACUGCUGGCCAGGAGCAUCCGAGUAUCUCGACUUCUGGCACCCGGAGACUCGUUCCUACUGGAAGGAUCAGUUCGCUUUUGGAAGAUACGUAGGUUCCUCGCAAAACUUGUUCAUUUGGAAUGACAUGAACGAGCCGUCCGUGUUCAGUGGCCCUGAAAUCACCAUGGAUAAGGAGUCCAUUCAUUACGGAGGAAUCGAGCAUCGCGAAGUGCACAACAUGUACGGAAUGAUGUACACGUCCGCCACUUUCGACGGGCUCAUGGCCAGAACCGACGGAAAGGACCGUCCGUUCAUUCUGUCGCGAUCCGGAUUCAUCGGAACGCAGAGAACCGCCGCAAUUUGGACGGGAGACAACACUGCCGACUGGGGCCAUUUAGAGAUUGCCGCUCCGAUGACUCUCUCGCUGAGCAUUGCCGGAGUUCCGUUCGUCGGAGCCGAUGUCGGAGGAUUCUUCGGAAAUCCGGACGAGCAACUGCUGUCCCGUUGGUACCAGGUCGGCGCCUACCAGCCGUUCUUCCGCGGACACGCCCACAUUGACACGAGACGCCGUGAGCCGUGGCUCUUCUCGGAGCAGACGAAGCAUGUGAUCCGGGAUGCGCUAAGAGCCCGUUACGCGCUCCUUCCCUACUGGUACACACUGUUCCAGCAACACGCGGAAAGCGGAUUGCCGCCGAUGAGACCGUUGUUCUACGAGUUUGAGAAUGACGAUUCGUUGCUCGAGGAGCAGAAGCAGUGGAUGGUCGGAAGCGGUCUUUUGGCAAGGCCUGUUGUCGAGAAGGACACGUUCAAUGUGCAAGUGAAACUGCCACGUGGCGAGCAGCAGGUUUUCACAGGCUCAUUGUCAUUUCUGAUGACAAAAUAUCGAUUUUCAGAACGAGAGAUGGUUCGAAUGGGUGUCCGGAGUGGAGAUUCGUGGCGAGACGGUGUACGUCGACGCGCCAAUCACCCACAUUCCAGUCUAUCAGCGCGGAGGCACCAUCAUCCCGACUUGGCAACGCAUUCGUCGUUCCGCCACGCUAAUGCGAGACGAUCCGCUCACUCUGUUUGUUGCUCUCAACUCGGAAGGAAAUGCUCACGGAGAGUUCUAUUUGGACGACGGACAGACUCACGAUUACCAGAACGGACAGUUUGUGAAGGCGUCGUUCGACUUCAAGACCGUCUCUAAGAGUCGGGCGGUGUUCGAGGGAGAGCACGUCGAUGGAAAGUUCGAGGCGAAGAACUGGUUGGAGAGAGUGGUUGUGAGAGGAGUGGAGACGGCGCCCAAGAAGGUUGAGGUAAGGAAAUUGAUAGAUUUAUAAUGGCGACAUGUUCAAAUGUUUCAUUUCGUUUCCAGAUUACACGUGUCUCCGAUCCAGUGCAACCCCUGGAAUUCUCGUACGACCGCGACUCAAAGGUGCUUGUCAUCCGCAAACCGGAGGCCCUUCUCACUUCCAGCUACAAAAUUCAUAUUGAAUUUUAA